GUGAGAUGCUGAAGCGAUUUGACUAUGCAUGCACAUGUGCACCAGGUGAUAAUUAGCCCGGCUGUUCUUUUUUCUACUGAACAAUGUAGCGCCGAACCCUUUUCUUCUUCUCCCGGCACUCCUGAUUCUCGUGGUUGAAUCUCUGCCAUCCGCUUGCAUCGCGCAAGACGCCUUGUAGAAUUAUCCGUUGUCUGCGACUCUCUGUAUCCAAUAUGUCGAAAGUCCGCACAGAAACUAGCGCUCGCGAUUCGCCAAUCGACAUAGGUGCUGAGGGCAUCGACGACAAGAGAAAUGGGACGGCCGAUGACCGCGCCGACAUGUCGCGAAUGGGCAAAGCCCAGGAUCUGAGAAGAAAUUUUAGAUUCUUAUCAAUCUUCGGCUUUUCCAUGAUUCUCAUGGCUUCAUGGGAAACCAUGUUAAGUGUUUCCACGAUAGGGUUAGUCAAUGGUGGCACUGCUGGACUUAUAUGGAUAUACUUCAUUUGUUGGAUUGGCUUUAUGCUGAUCAACACGUCAAUGGCGGAAAUGGGUUCGAUGGCCCCUACAACUGGAGGGCAAUAUCACUGGGUAUCCGAAUUCGCACCUAGAAAGCAUCAAAAGUUCAUCAGUUACCUGAUGGGAUGGAUGUGUGUUCUUGGCUGGCAAACCUCCUGUGCGUCUACGGCCUAUUUGUCUGGCACUCAGAUCCAAGGUCUAGUCGUUCUUAACUAUCCGGACUACGUAUACGAACAAUGGCACGGGACUCUCCUUACCAUCGCUGUAGCUGCCUUCUCUGUCGGCUUCAACACUGUAUUAGCUCGGAAACUGCCGCUUAUCGAAGCGGUUGUUCUCGUUGUGCACAUAUUCGGCUUCAUUGGAAUUCUGGUCGCCUUAUGGGUCCUUGCUCCGAGAGCCGAUGCAACAGCUGUGUUCACUGAAUUCACCGAUGGUGGAGGAUGGGGAAGCUUAGGAGGCAGCACCUUGGUCGGUAUCACGGCCGGAAUCCUUCCGCUGCUCGGUGCCGAUGCCGCUGUUCACAUGUCCGAGGAGCUUCGCGAUGCCAGCAAGACUCUCCCAAAGUCCAUGAUUUAUACCACGUUGUUCAAUGGUGCUUUCGGCUGGAUCAUGACAAUCACAUACUGCUUUUGCCUGGGAGAUCUAGAGGAGGCUCUCGGUUCGCCAACUGGCUACCCUUACCUUCAAGUCUUUUACAAUGCGACGCAGAAUACAAGUGGUGCUACUGCUAUGGCUGUUUUCGUCACUUUCAUGUCAAUGUUCUCGAACCUGGCCAUGGUAGCAACUGCGUCGCGUCAGCUCUUUGCUUUCGGUCGCGACGAUGCUCUGCCGUUUAGCGGCUGGUUUUCCAAGGUCCGGCCUGGCUGGGAUGUACCAUUCAAUGCCAUUCUCACGACAUUCAUCAUUUCCAGCCUCUUGUCACUGAUCAACAUCGGUUCACCCGUAGCACUCAACUCAAUCACGUCCCUGGCAACCACUUCUCUUCUUUCUAGCUAUAUCACCUCGAUUGGAUGUAUGAUCUGGAGGCGUGUAACCAACAAUCCUCUCUUGCCGUCAAAAUUCUCCCUUGGAAAAUGGGGAUUGCCAAUCAAUAUUGCUUCAGAAGCAAUUCUUAUACUAUUCUUUAUUCUGGCAUUUUUCCCAACUACUCCCAAUCCUAACCCGGCUGGGAUGAACUGGAAUAUACUAAUCUAUGGGGCCACUAUCGUGUUUUCUCUGGGCUACUACUUCGUGAGUGGCAAGAACAGAUAUGUCGGACCAGUUGAAUAUGUCAGGAAGCUUGAAUAAGCACAUCGGUGAUCCGAAAGAUUGUCGGAGCCGAAGAGGGCGGAUUUAAAACACAACGUUGUAACUGAGCGACUACGCAGAAGUAAGAAUUCAAUGACAAAUAAUAUAACCUG